GCCACGCCUUUUCCGGCCCGCCGCGCGGCCUAGGCUCCCGCGUGUUUAAAAAUCCGUUUGUGGCUACUGCUGUCUUAACUGCUGUGCUUGGCGGACAGACAGGCGAGAUGGCGGCGGAGGUGUUGCCGAGUGCGAGGUGGCAGUAUUGUGGGGCGCCCGACGGGAGCCAGAGAGCUGUACUGGUCCAGUUCUCCAACGGGAAGCUACAGAGUCCAGGCAACAUGCGCUUUACCUUGUAUGAGAACAAAGAUUCCACCAACCCCAGGAAGAGGAAUCAACGGAUCCUGGCAGCUGAAACAGAUAGGCUUUCCUAUGUGGGAAACAAUUUUGGUACUGGAGCCCUCAAAUGCAACACUUUGUGCAGGCAUUUUGUGGGAAUUUUGAACAAGACCUCUGGUCAAAUGGAAGUAUACGACGCUGAAUUAUUCAACAUGCAGCCACUGUUUUCAGAUGUAUCAGUUGAGAGUGAACUGGCACUAGACAGUCAGACCAAAACUUACAGAGAAAAGAUGGAUUCUUGUAUUGAAGCCUUUGGUACCACCAAACAGAAGCGAGCUCUGAAUGCCAGGAGAAUGAACAGAGUUGGCAAUGAAUCUUUGAAUCAGGCGGUGGCUAAAGCUGCAGAGACUAUCAUUGAUACGAAGGGUGUGACUGCUCUGGUCAGUGAUGCUAUCCACAAUGACUUGCAAGAUGACUCCCUCUACCUUCCUCCCUGCUACGAUGAUGCAACCAAGCCUGAAGACGUGUAUAAAUUUGAAGAUCUUCUUUCCCCUGCUGAGUAUGAAGCUCUUCAGAGCCCAUCUGAAGCUUUCAGGAAUGUCACAUCAGAAGAAAUACUGAAGAUGAUUGAGGAGAACAGCCAUUGCACCUUUGUCAUAGAAGCGUUGAAGUCUUUGCCAUCAGAUGUGGAGAGCCGAGACCGCCAGGCCCGAUGCAUAUGGUUUCUGGAUACCCUCAUCAAAUUUCGAUCUCAGAGGGUAGUUAAGCGGAAAAGUGCCCUGGGACCUGGAGUUCCCCACAUCAUCAACACCAAACUGCUGAAGCACUUUACCUGCUUGACGUACAACAAUGGCAGAUUACGGAACUUAAUUUCGGAUUCUAUGAAGGCGAAGAUUACUGCAUAUGUGAUCAUACUUGCCUUGCACAUACAUGACUUCCAAAUUGACCUGACAAUGUUACAGGGGGACUUGAAGCUCAGAGAGAAAAGGAUGAUGGAGAUAGCCAAAGCCAUGAGGCUGAAGAUCUCCAAAAGAAGGGUGUCUGUAGCCGCCGGCAGUGAGGAAGAUCACAAACUGGGCACCCUGUCCCUCCCACUGCCUCCAGCCCAGACCUCAGACCGCCUGGCAAAGCGGAGGAAGAUUACCUAGACGCAUACUUUCCAGACGGCAUUUUGGCUGCAUCAUAGCCACUGGCUGGUCCUAUUCAUUUCCAGUUUUAUGUUUUAAAAAGGAAAGGUCCAGGGAUGGUGGCUCACACCUGAAAUCCCAGCACUAUGGGAGGCCGAGGCGGGAAGAUCACUUGAGCUUAGGAGUUUGAAACCAGUCUGGGCAACAUAGGGAGACCCCAUCCGGGGGGGUGGGGGUGGGGGAAUGUCAGGCCUGGUGGUAUGUGCCUGUAAUCCCAGCUACUCGGGAGGCUGAGGCAGGAUGAUUACUUGAGCUUGGGAAAUCAAGGUUGCAGUGAGCUAUGCUUGCAUGGCCACACUCCAGCCUGGGUCACAGAGUGAGACCUUGUCUCAAAAAAGUAAAAUAAGGAAAAAAAGAAGCCUUGCUUUGGCACAGGUAUGAAGCCAGAAGCGAGCAUCUCAAUUGUGCUUGUCUUAUGCUGAAAUAUAAAGUGAUGGCCAGGUUGGACUUCA